CUCCGGUAAAUUCGCACACGUCGAGCCAGCACCCGAGUCGGAUCCCGGAGAACCCGAGGCGAGCUCCCCGCGCUGCGUGCGGCGCCCCGAGCCCGGCCGGGCCGGCGAGCACUGCCGCUCACUCCCGGUUUCCCCCUGGUCUCCUACCUCCUCCUCCUCCUCCUCCAGCCGCAGCUCCCGAUCCGGUUGCCCCAGAGACCGCGACGCCGCCGCGCCGAGGGACCAAUGAGAGCCCCGCUGCUGCCGCGGGCGCCGGUGGUGCUGUCGCUGCUGAUCCUGGGCUCAGCCCAUUAUGCUGCUGGAUCGGCCGGCAAUGACACCUCCUCUGGGAAAGGGGAGCCCUUUUCUGGGGACUACAGUGCUGAUGAAUUUGAAGUCACCUCAAGAAGUGAGAUUUCCCUUGUGAGUGAGGUGCCUUCUGAUGGUGAACUGUCCUCGGGGAGCGACUAUGACUAUGCAGAAGAGUAUGAUAUUGAGAGGCAAAUAUCUGGCUAUAUCGUAGAUGAUUCAGUCAGAGUUGAACAGGUAGUUAAACCCAAGGAAAACAAGACAGAAAGUGAAAACACUACAGACAAACCCAAAAGAAAGAAAAAAGGACAGAAAAAUAGAAAAAAUCGAAAGAACAAAAAGAAAAAUCCAUGUGAUACAAAAUUUCAAAAUUUCUGCAUUCAUGGAGAAUGCAAAUAUAUAGAGCAUCUGAAAAGAGUAUCAUGCAAAUGUCAUCAGGAUUACUUUGGUGAACGGUGUGGGGGAAAGUCCAUGAAGACUCAGAGCAUGGUUGAUGGUGACUUAUCAAAAAUUACGUUAGCAGUCAUAAUUGCCUUUGUCUCAGCUGUGACCUUCACUGUUGUUGCUGCUAUUAUUAUAAUCCAGCUUCGAAAGCGAUACUUCAGGGAAUAUGAAGGAGAAGCUGAAGAACAAAAGAAACUUCGACAAGAAAAUGGAAAUGGAAAUGCACACAUCAUAGCAUAAAUGAAGAUGAUAUUACAGGGAUGGGAGUCACUGCCAAGUCACAACCAGGAGUGAUGAGUUGGUUCCUCUUCUCAGUGGAUCAUAAGAAAACUGAACGUUCUUGUUCUAAUGGUUUCAAACUUUCAAUUGUCACUUUUUAUGCAAGUCUUAUGUCUGUAUAUAAAGAUGCAUGGAGAGAAAAAGUAUUUUUUCAGGUUGUAAAUAAUUUAUUUAAUAUUUAAUGGAAGUGUAUUUAUUUUACAGCUCAAUAAACUUUUUUAAUCAAACA